CUGUGUUGAAUAGACACGAGGUGGGCCCUGCAAUUUCCAGCAAAUCAACAUCCAGAUCAGCUCCAACAGACACUAGUUCAUAGUUUGGAUAAAUAACAUUUGGAAACACAACUUUGUACCCUGAUUGAUACAACUCGAUGAGCUCAAAGUUGGUUGACAGAAAACCACCUUCCACACGACUAACACGUCCAUACAUAUGAGCGUUCAUUUGCUCCACUAAGAGUUUUAGGUCUCCCUUGCUCUCUAGGGCAAUCCGAAUGGUGUAUGGUUGCAGGAGCGGAACAAACCAUCUUAGAAAGGCUAGUGCGAAGGAGAGUUUUCCGUCGACAAAGAAGCCUCGUGUCACGACGUACGUCAGUGCAAACGAAUCGUCAACGUCUCCCGAGUUGACGUCCGUAGACAAACCUAAUACACGGUAGCCACGCCAUUUAGCAGUGGCCACGAGUAUUAGCAUUGGUAAAACCAACAGUAACAAAACUGCAGUCCAGAAGAACACCAUUUCUUAGCCCUGCGCAUGCGCAUAAACGGGGAUUCUUUAUUUAUUAGGGCGUGUGUGAAUUGGCAAAUCGAAACAUUCAGCUCGAGGUCGUCUUCGGCCCCCCAGAGACAAGAUGUGGGCGGUAAGUGUCCCAAAAAUCCACUUGCUCCUCCUCAUAUCACGGUCCACCGGUCAUCUCCCGGGUACUGCAGCUGCGGGAGAGGAUGAGGGUGGCCUACGAGGCCCUUCACAAGGGCGUCUUCAUCAUCACGUGCGUCCUCGUCGUGCUGGUAGCCCUCAGAAACUCCCUGAUAUGGAACUUGGAAAAGUUCUGGGGAGCUUCUGGAAGUUUCUUUACCAGUGUAUGGGGCCUUGUUUAUAGGGCACACGGAGAAAACGAGUUUAUCCUUUGGGGAUUCGGUCCGUGGUUCAUGUCCAAUGCUGUAUUCAUAUUGGCAAAUGUUUUCUUCACGUUUGUGGACCUGACUGCCUGGCCCAAGUUCAUGCUACGGUACAAGAUACAGGAGGACAAGAACGUACCUGUAAGCUGGGUACAGUACAAGAAAGCCCUGCGCAGGGUCGUCUUCAACACUGGUUUUGUCAGUCUGGGUGUCAGUCUCGCCAUGUACCCUGUGGUGCAAUGGAGGGGAAACCCCUCUGGUUACGAGCUGCCUCAGUUCUCUACCACCAUCCUACACAUCCUUGGCUUUCUGGUGAUCGUGGAGAUUGGCUUCUACUACACUCACAGGCUGUGCCACCACAGGCUCCUCUACAAGCACAUCCACAAGACACACCACGAGUGGACGGCACCGGUCGGAAUAGUCUCCGUGUACUGCCACCCUCUGGAGCACGUGUUCGUGAACCUCAUGCCGAUCCUUGCCGGUCCGUUGGUCAUGGGGUCCCACCUCUCCGUGGCCAUUCUGUGGUACAGUGUGGCCAUCUUCAACACCACAAUGGGCCACUGCGGGUACCAUCUCCCCUUCCUACCCUCUCCCGAGGGACACGACUUCCACCAUCUCAAGUUUAACCAGAAUUUUGGAACACUGGGAGUGUUGGACCGACUCCACGGCACGGACACUGCCUUCAGACACAGCAAGGCUUAUGAGAGACACUUCAUGUUGCUGGGGUUAGACCCUGCUCGUCAACUCAUCCCCAACCAAGUCGGAAAAGGAAAGAGCGAUUAGUUUAAUCACAGAGCUUUUUACAGCAGCAGGGACGUGAUACAACACACGUCAUUUUUUGCAGACAUGGCACAUGUUAUUACAACUCCUGAUGAAUAUGUAGUUGGGUUUAGUUUGUAGUAUUUAUGAUGCUAAUAUCUGUUGUCAGUAAUGCUUUCAGUA